CACUGUAGUAAAAAGUUAGCAUCAUAGGGGCACCCGCCUCGAUAAAGAUGAACUCUAGGCACGGGUUGGUCACUUAUAAAUGUGAAUGAAUUCACACGUAAAUCCGAGACAGAAACAACAAACUAAAUUUACCGUCUGUCAUUUCCAGUUGAUCAAUCAAAUCCAAUGGAGCUCAAGCCAGGCCUAUCAGCUUUGGUCACUGGUGGUGCCUCCGGAAUUGGUAAGGCACUUAGCUUGGCUCUUGCCCAGAAGGGAGUUUUUGUUACAAUUGUUGAUUUCUCAGAAGAGAAAGGCAAAGAAGUUGCAGCCCUUGCUGAGAAAGAGUGCUCCAAAUUCCAUUCUGGACUGGAAUUUCCAGUUGUUAUGUUCAUCAGAUGUGAUGUCACUAAUGCAGGAGAACUAAAAGCUGCUUUUGAGAAGCAUUUUGUAACAUAUGGAGGACUAGAUAUCUGUAUUAACAGUGCAGGCAUUGGCGAUAUUAUUCCAUUCCGCGACGAUCGAACUGAUGGGUCUAAAAGCUGGAGACACACAGUUAAUGUGAACCUCGUUGCAGUUAUAGAUAGCACUCGUCUUGCGAUUCAAACCAUGCAAACUGUCCAGAAGCCAGGUGUAAUAAUAAAUUUGGGCUCUGCUUCAGGACUGUAUCCAAUGUAUGUAGGUCCUAUCUAUUCUGCUUCCAAAGGGGGUGUUGUCAUGUUUACGAGAUCACUUGCACCUUUUAAGCGCCAAGGAAUCCGCAUCAAUGUGCUCUGCCCUGAGUUCGUCCAAACUGACUUGGCAGAAAAGUUCAAUUCUUCAACUAUUAGUCAACUUGGAGGGUAUCUUCCUAUGGAACUUAUCGUGGAAGGUGCUUUUGAACUAAUCAGAGAUGAGAGUAAAGCAGGGUCAUGUCUUUGGAUUACUAACAGAAGGGGCAUGGAGUAUUGGCCAACUCCUGCCGAAGAAGCAAAAUACCUCCUCCCGAAAGCACGCAAAAAAUCUGUGGUCACAGUUCCAAUGGAUCUUCAGAUUCCUCACAGCUUUGAAAAAGUAGUCGUUCACACAUUGAGUCACAAUUUUCGAAGUGCUACCAGAAUUGUGCGCACUGAAUUGAGGUUGCCACUCAAGUCAGAUCACGUUCUAUUAAAAGUCAUCUAUGCUGGUGUGAAUGCUAGUGAUGUCAACUUCAGCUCAGGGCGAUAUUUCAGUGGAAAUGGCAAAGACAUUGCCUCCCUCCUUCCACUGGAUUCUGGCUUCGAGGCUGUGGGAAUAAUUGCUGCAAUUGGUGAUGCUGUUAGAAAUUUAAAGAUUGGUAUGCCUGCUGCCAUCAUGACUUUUGGCGGUUAUGCUGAAUUCGUCAUGAUCCCUGCCAAACACAUCCUUCCUGUAGCAAAGCCAGAUCCAGAAGUACUUGCAAUGCUUACGUCUGGACUCACUGCAUCAAUUGCUUUGGAAAAGGCUGCUCAAAUGGAAUCAGGAAAAGUCGUUCUUGUGACUGCUGCUGCAGGAGCGACAGGGCAGUUUGCAGUGCAGCUUGCAAAAUUAGCUGGAAACACAGUAGUUGCAACUUGUGGAGGUAAUGAAAAGGCCAAGCUGCUUAAGGAUUUGGGAGUUGAUCGAGUCAUUGACUACAAAGCGGAAGAUAUAAAAACUGUUUUAAAGAAGGAGUUCCCUAAAGGUACUGAUAUUGUCUAUGAGUCCGUUGGUGGUGAGAUGUUUGACAUCUGCUUGAAUGCAUUAGCUGUCUAUGGACGACUUGUUGUCAUUGGAAUGAUUUCUCAGUAUCAAGGAGAACAUGGAUGGAAACCUCGGAAUUACUCUGGAAUAUGUGAAAAGCUUCUAGCGAAAAGUCAAACGGUGGCUGGAUUUUUCCUGAUACAAUAUGCUCACCUAUGGCAAGUGCAUUUGGAUAGACUGGUUAAUCUUUUCUCUUCUGGAAAGCUUAAGAUUGCCAUAGAUCCCAAACAAUUUGUUGGCCUACAUUCAGUUGCCGAUGCUGUUGAGUACCUUCAUUCUGGUAAAAGUGCUGGAAAGGUUGUUGUUUGCAUUGACCCAAAAUACGCUCAACAACUUGCAAAACUAUAGGUGCAAAAGGAGACCAACUAUAUCAGAGUCCAAAGAGAAUUAAAGAUGCCGUAAUAACACUUGUGAGAGUAUAGCCCUGUUGUUGUGUUAGGUGCUCUGUGUAAAAUGACAAAACUGAGGAACUGUGAUAAUCAUUCGGUACAGCAUUACUCUACUUGUUCCCCUGUUAUAAGUUGUUUCAACCUGUUUAUGUCGAAAAUACAUGAAAUUAAGAGAAGACUUUCCAGCUCGCA